CUUAUUGCCGUGCGCCUUAACAAGCAAGUAUGUCAACAAUUUCUUCAAUGAACCCAUUAGCGAGAGUUGCACUGCGAAAUAUCAAAGGAUCAGCAAGAAUGUUAUUAUGCUCUCAAUCUCAGAGCAUUUAUUGUUGCAGAAAGCUUACAUCUCAACAAGUAUUCGAUCGUGAAUCAAAAUAUGGAGCACAUAAUUACCAUCCACUUCCUGUAGCUCUGUGCAAAGCUCAGGGUGUAUUCAUGUGGGAUGUCGAGGGUAAACGAUACUUUGAUUUUCUAAGUGCUUAUUCAGCGGUCAAUCAAGGCCAUUGCCAUCCAAGAAUCUACAAAGCAAUGGUCGAUCAAGCAAAGACUUUAACUCUGACGUCUAGAGCGUUUUAUUCCGACAUUUUGGGUGAAUUCGAGGAAUAUAUUACAAAACUUUUUGGCUAUGAUAAGUGGCUACCAAUGAAUACGGGCGUGGAAGGUGGCGAAACGGCAUGCAAAUUGGCACGUAAAUGGGGAUAUUCUUGUAAGGGCAUACCACAUAAUCAGGCCAAGAUAGUAUUCGCAGAGGGUAAUUUUUGGGGAAGAACUAUGAGCGCCGUCUCCUCCAGUACCGAUCCGAGUAGCUACAACGGCUUUGGACCAUUUAUGCCUGGCUUUGAGAUUGUUCCUUACGACGAUCUUCCAGCGCUCCAGCGAGUUCUCGCUGAUUCAAACGUCUGUGCCUUCAUGGUAGAACCUAUCCAAGGUGAAGCUGGCGUUGUGGUUCCUAAGGAUGGAUAUCUGAGUGGAAUCAGAGAACUCUGUACAAGGUAUAAUGUCCUAUGGAUCGCGGACGAAGUACAGACUGGUUUGGCAAGGACAGGAAAGCGGAUUGCCGUUGAUUACGAGAACGUAAAGCCGGAUAUCCUGAUCCUUGGUAAGGCCUUGUCGGGAGGAUUUUAUCCAGUUUCCGGUGUGUUGGCAAAUGAUUCUAUCAUGCUCACCAUCAAACCCGGCGAGCAUGGAUCUACCUAUGGUGGCAAUCCCCUGGGAUGCAGGAUCGCUCUCGAGGCACUUCGUGUUCUGGAAGAAGAAAAACUUGCCGAGAACGCGGAAAGACUCGGGCAUGUGCUUAGAGACGAACUGAACAAGCUACCGAAAGAUGUAGUCACUUUAGUGAGAGGAAAGGGUCUUUUAAAUGCCAUCGUCAUCAACAAAAAGAUCGAUGCCAUGGAAGUUUGCUUGAAGUUAAAGGAACGUGGGCUUCUAGCGAAACCAACACAUGGACAUAUUAUUCGUUUGGCACCGCCAUUAAUUAUUACGGAAGAACAGAUACAUGAGUGUGCGGAUAUUAUUUCUAAGACUAUUCUUACUUAUAAUUAAAUGAUAUUUGAUAUAAAUAAUUAUUUUAAAAUAUAUAUUAAAAUCUAUUUUGGACGAUGUAUACAUAUAAUUUGUGACAAAAUUCGAAAUAGAAUCCUAUUUAUAAUUUUAUACGUCGUGUAAUAUAGAGGACAUUUUCAGAUAAUAUAUAUAUAUAUAUAUAUACGUCACAUAUAUGUCACGCGUGAUAUAAAGAGAUUUGAAUUUAUCGCAAAUUAUAGAUCAUUUAAAGUGAGCUCAUGUAUAUUUUAGCAUGUUCUAUCAAUUCCAAUUGUAAUUAUAUUGUACUUUCCAAAUAAAACUGUGUGUUCAACAAUUUAUU